CAGCAGUGUUAAAAUUGUUGAAUUCAUCACUGGUGUGAUUGUUGUUUGUUUUAGGAAAGCAGUAGUACACACAAGCAUUUGUUAAGCCUCUGAUUACAUUGUCUGCAGAGGGGAAGGAGUGUGUAUUAGAUUAACUACUCUGCCAUCUACAGUUGCUUGCUUUUACUGUUCUAAUUUGCGUCUUGUUUCUACACUUUCUUGCACUAGUUUCUGCAAUGGAUUGUGAUGCAAUAAUGGAGUGCCCUUAUGAUAAGAACCAUCAAGUCCGACACAGCAGGUUUCCCUACCACCUUGUAAAAUGUAGAGAGCAUCAUAAAGAUAAAGCUAAAGAGCUGGCCACUUGCCCAUUUAAUGCCCGACACAGAGUCCCAAAAAGGGAGCUGAAGUAUCACCUCGAGUCCUGCACUGACAAGAAUGUUGAAGACUUGAUUGAUGAAUAUGAACAUUCAGUCCAAGUAACACCAUUUGUCUUUGGCACCAAUAUGGAGAACAGGAACUUUCUUCAGACUGCAGAAGACCAGAGUGAUGUAAUGAGUGCCCCUUCAUGGGAGCCUGAAUAUAUUUGUGAAAAGAAAGGGUAUGAUCAUUUAGCCAGAAAUGCACAGAUUGCAUUUGGAGGGAAUAGAAAUGGCAGAAUUCUGGUACAAAAGUCAGGAGACCAGCCGGACACAAUUAACGCUGUUGGUAUUGCUGCAUCAAGGCAGACUACAGUACCUCAUGGAAAGAAAGUAAUCAGUCAUCCAGCCAAAGUUGCACCUGUCGCCUUGGAUAAUGGAUGGACUCACAGUGUCUGCUUAGAGUACUUCCAUGCAUCAUUUGGGUCCAGAACUGCUGGACAGCCGCCAGUUUCAGCCACCCAUCUGCUGUCCGAGGACCAGCUACUUGAUGUCAUGCCCAAGUUCUGA